AUGACCGGGACACCACGCCCAGUACUGAGUGUAUCUCCACAGGGCUGGCUGACUGAAGGAGACUCAGUGACUCUAAGCUGUGAGGUUACAGACUCCUCUACAGACUGGACAUUCAGCUGGUACAGACAUGUUCCCUACAGAGACAGUGAUGGAGAUAUCAGGUAUAAAGAGGUACUCCUCUCAGACAGCAGCAGAGGAUCUCGAGGCUCCUACACUAUCAGACCUGUCACUCAGAAUCACACAGGAGUUUAUAGGUGCAGAGGAGAGAGAGACGGACAGAAGGUUCAGACAGAUCACAGCAAUUUACAGCCACUAUGGAUCACUGGUGAAUCUUCUCCAGUCUCUUUGAUCAUCAAUUCCAUCAGAACUCAACACUUUACUGUUACAGGAUCUACAUGUGAAAUCAGCUACCUCUUCACAUUACACACUGGAGUUUACUGGUGUGAGUCUGAAUCUGGAGAAACUAGUAAUCCUGUCAACAUCACAAUUCAUGAGAUACCAGAGGCAGUACUGAGUGUAUCUCCACAGAGCUGGGUGACUGAAGGAGACUCAGUGACUCUAAGCUGUGAGGUUACAGACUCCUCUACAGACUGGACAUUGAACUGGUACAGAGAGGUUCCCUACAGAGACAGUUAUGGACGUAUCAGGUAUAAAGUGGAACUCCUCUCAGACAGCAGGAGAGGAUUUCGAGGCUUCUACACUAUCAGUCCUGUCACUCGUAAUCACACAGGAGUUUAUAUGUGCAGAGGAGAGAGCAACGGACAGCAGGUUCAGACAUAUCGCAGUCAUUCACAGCCACUAUGGAUCACUGGUGAAUCUCCCCCAGUCUCUCUGAUCAUCAAUCCCAACAGAACUCAACACUUUACUGGUGACUUUAUCUCACUGAGCUGUGAGGACCAGAGUCACUCUACUGGAUGGACAGUCAGACGAUACACACACAGUUCUGGAGUGUCAGCUUGUUCACCCUCAUGGUGGGGAUCAUUUACAGGAUCUAAAUGUAAUAUCAGCUCCCUCUCCACAUCCUACACUGGAGUUUACUGGUGUGAAUCUGAAUCUGGAGAAAACAGUAAUCCUGUCAACAUCACAGUGCAUGGGCCCGUACUGAGUGUAUCUCCACAGAGCUGGCUGACUGAAGGAGACUCAGUGACUCUAAACUGUAAGGUUACAGACUCCUCUACAGACUGGACAUUCAGCUGGUACAGAGAGGUUCCCUACAGAGACAGUGAUGGGGAUAUCGAGUAUAAAGUGGAACUCCUCUCAGACAGCAGGAGAGGAUGCGGAGGCUCCUACACUAUCAGAACUGCAGCUCGUAAACACACAGGAGUUUAUACGUGCAGAGGACAGAGAGACGGACAGCAGGUUCAGCCAUAUCGCAGCAAUUCACAGCCACUAUGGAUCACUGGUGAAUCUCCUCCAGUCUCUUUGAUUAUCAAUCCCAUCAGAACUCAACACUUUACUGGUGACUCUCUCUCACUGAGCUGUGAGGACCAGAGUAACUCUACUGGAUGGACAGUGAGACGAUACACACACAGUGAAAGAGUGUCAGAUUGUUCAUGGUGGGGAUCAGUUACAGGAUCUACAUGUAAUAUCAGCUCCCUUCCCACAUACCACACUGGAGUUUACUGGUGUGAGUCUGAAUCUGGAGAAAACAGUAAUCCUGUCAACAUCACAGUGCAUGGUGAGUCUUCAUAUGUGAUCCUGGCGAGUCCUGUCCAUCCUGUGACUGAGGGACAUCCUCUGACCCUACGCUGUUUAUAUCGCUACACAAAUUCCUCAAAUCUCCGAGCUGAUUUCUAUAAAGAUGGAUCAGUUCUCCAGACGCAGACUACAGGAGAGAUUAUCAUCCAUAAGGUCUCAAAGUUAGAUGAAGGUUUCUACCACUGUAAAUACACAGGAAGAGGAGAGUCACCACAAAGCUGGGUCUCAAUCAGAGGAUCAGCUCCAUCCUCAGUGCUCAUGCUGAUCAGUAGUGUUGUGACGGCCUCUCCAUACCUGCUGGUGACCAUCAUUCUACUGUUCAAAUGUUACAGAGCUCGAGCUCAAACUGAUGAAGAGAGAAUUGAGAAUGCAGUUGUGGAGGAGUGAGCAGAGUUUCUGUAUAAGAAGAGGAUGCUGUGGUGUUUUCUUUAAGAAUACUC